UUACUAUAUAUUGGCGAGCGGGCCAGCUAACUGUUUCAGUUUAAUUUCUGUUCCUAUCGCAAGCCCUAUUAUGAUGAAGUUUUCAGUAGCGCUGCUGUUGCUAGUCGGUGUGGCCAUCCUGGGGGACUGCUCCCACGGAGCCACUUACACCCAAGAUGACUACAGGAGCUUUAUUAAGACUUGUGGCAAAAUUUUGCGGACCUCAUCGGAGACGUAUCAGAAAUUGAAGGACAAGGAUUUCAGUGAAAACUCGGAGUUGUACUGCUUGAUUCGAUGUGUCGGUAUUAGGACCGGAUUUUACGAUGACGAGAGCGGAACUGACUGGGAACGCGUUAAGGAGCAUUAUGCCGAAAGACCGGGCUUAAGCGAAUACUUGAAAGCCGCCCAAGAAUGCAACGCAGCACUAAAUCCGGUGGAUUACACAGACGAUUACUGUAAAAAGUCGUUCCUGUACUUCGAUUGCGCCAUGAAAGCUCACGACUUGUACCUCAAGUCCUAGGGGCGUGUGAGAAGAACACUUAAAAUGAAGUUUAUAUUCAUGGAAACAAUUGUUUUUAAGGGUGAUCGUGAAACUACCGUUGAUUUGAACGAUUUCUGAAAUCGUACAUUGUGAAUACUCCGAAUAGUUUACCAUUGAUAAAUUAGUAAAUUAGUGAAUUUGAAGACACAGAAAUUUAGCUUCGCAAAACUUGAUUCGAACUUACAUCCUAUUCUGCGUAUUACACAUUUUAUUGCAAUUAUAGAAGGAAAUGUAUGCGUAUGCGACAUGAAGCCUAACUUGGGAAAAACAUUGUUAUUCUAUUUUUCCAAAACUUUCGUUAUGUUUCAAAUGUUGAUAUUUGUUCAUUUAGGCUUAUCUGUUGGGCCAGAAACACUUUCUGAUUUUAUUUACGGGGUCAGGAAUUGAACGCCGAUAGGCUACGCGAAAAUUGAUGUCCUUUUUAUUCGCCAUUUUUUUAGUUAUCUUCAAUGACAUAGAAAAUGGACAAGUAAUACUUGGUCUUUCUGUUUCAACAGACGUGUCGCAGCCGAUUCAUACCGUACAGAAUCAUUGCAUGACUAGUACUACGAUCCUACUGACGCCAAGAAUCCUUCCAGGUCAGGGCUUGAACAUAUGGCAAAUGGCUUGUAAGGCCAGCGCUUCAUGCAUUGAACUGCCAACCCGAGGUCAUGAUAAUAAGAAUAUAAAUUACAACGACUGUCCAACUGCAUGCUGUCAAUUCAAGUGAACUGUUUCACGGUAGUGAUUUUUGAAUCGAUCCAGUUUGUAAGCCUUUUUCUAUAUCAUCAUAACAAGUGAGAUGUUGCACAGGUAGUUCUUGAGACAUCGAUGAAAACAAAUGGUAGCCGUUUAAUUUUCUCAGGUCUUGAAGAGCAUUCUGGUCGUAUUUCCAGCAAUGCUUGAUUCAGUUUCAUCAUUCGCUGUAGGUAGAUAUUAGUAUUCACAAUUUCAUCAGAUAUGAGAAUUUUUUAGUACAAGACACCUUUUUGAUUGCACCAAAUGCACUGUAUAGUUUCCUUUCCGAAUCGAUUAGGGUUUGCAGUUGAUUUCGAUGGUUGGCCAAGAUUGACCCAUAAUUUUUUGAGUGUGGGAUUUUAACGAAAUAAAUCCAUUUUUCAUUUUCCGUAACGAUGCGGUGCAGAAUUUUUUGCUGAGCGAACAAAAUUUCGCUCAACGUUUUUCGCUUUUCCUACUGUCUAUCAUUCAUCUCAUGUUCCCAUUUUCUGAAUCUUUUCCACGUAAUGUAGACGAUCCAAAAUGGCUCAGUGGCGCCAACCUUAUUGCCAUUUGUUUUGAAGUUUGAGUGUUGUCUUCGUUCAACAAUUCUUUCAAUUAGACAACUUUAUAUUUUUGGGGUUGACCUUUGUAUCUUUGUAAUUGAAUUCCGUCUAGGCUGCAGUAAUCAAUUAAAAAUCGACUUCGUUUGACUUGGUGUGUAGUUAGAGAUCGUGAUGCAUUACGAACCGAACAGAUGGAAUGGACACUUACUCGUUAGGUUGGUUUAAAGCUAGCCAAAGCCAAAGUAUUGGUUUCCAAUUCAAAUUGACAGAAUGGGGUUGGAAUUUAUCUGAAACUAACACAACAUUCUUUUCAAAAAGGAUUUUCAUUACUAUUAGCAAUAAGGGUGAAUAUGUCCAAAAUAAAAAGAAUAAUAACAAUA